AUGCCUUCCAACAGCUCUUCCCGUAGCAACGUCCAACCUGCGAGGACCCAAUCGCCAUUACGAAGUCAAUCAUCCACGCCAACGUCGACACCCCCAGGAUCCCGUCCAGGCACGUCCAGCUCGAAUGGCUCGACCUCUUCAACGAAUCUUGACAUCCUCACGGGGGUCCGGGUAGUCCUGCAAGACCAGCCUGACCCACUGAAAGUGACAAAUUUGCAGCCAACUUCAAGGUACUUCAGGAUCACUGUUUUUGCACUUCAUCGCGCUUUGUCCAUGCUUGAAACAUCCCGGGGCAGAUAUGUUUUGAGCAAUAUCGGGGUUGAAGAGUGCGAAUCUUGGGGCCCUAGGGCUGCGAAAAGCCUCGUUUUCAAGCAAAAUCCCAAGGCAAACCCGAACGCCAUGAAAGACUACGUCAAUGAAUGGCUGCAGAAACUCCGAAGAAAUGCUCCUACGGUGACCAUAAGUGAUAGAAUUCAAGGUGACGGUGUCACUCAGCGUCUAGACUGGGGCAACAGUCCGUCUGAGUACAUCGUUACGAAGGCCGUGUUGUUCCGUGUCAACAAAAUUCUUCUCGAUAAUAUUAUCACUGCUGCGAAUAGGAAGAACACAGCAAAUUUCGAGCGCUCUCUCUUUUUUCUCACAUUGACUAUUGCUCACGAGCUGAUCCACGUCUUCACUGGCUACAUAACAGGAGACGCGUUGCGGAACACACCACCAGCAGUCAAUCACCCUCGCGGCUUGAGUGGCAGCAUGAGGCCGGGCGAGGCUGGACGAGCCUGGGAACGCGGAUUCAUCGGAUACAUCACGAAGUCGUACUUUGACAGUAAUGACCCCCUUGGAACAGCACAGGCGGGUAUCAUGUACGCCUGCGAGGUUGAAACUAGAGGCUAUGUUAUAAAACAAGCCUGGAUCAAACAAUUUCUGCAAGGCAAUGUAACUACCCUGACGCUGCAGAAUGGCCUAGAAGUGAAUGCAUCCGGAAAACCGGUUGCUCUCACCAGUGCUAUGAAGACGAUGGAGUCGACUCGGCCAAGCGGAAAGCAAAAGGGUACCGAUGACGUGUACGAGACAAUCGAUGUCAUCAAUGAACUUCCUCUCGUACGCGUUGGGAGCGCUGAACUCAAAAGCAUAUUAGGGAUAGCCACUGAUAUGACCAAGAUCAUGGCUGCACAACGCAAUGUUGGUUGA